CCCGUCUCUUGCGUUGCCUGCCACCUGCUCGAGCAAGAGACCACUCAACUGAACGCUAGGCAGAGGGAGCUAACCAAGCCACCACCAUGCUCGGCGUCCGCGGCGCGCCACCGACCACCGCGGCACCGCCAGUGACGAGGGGGCGCUGCAGCGCGCCGGAGAAGGCCGGUCGGGCGUCCCUGCUGGCCGUGCCCGCCGCCGUCUCGCUCUCGCUCGUCCUCUGGUCCAGCCCAGUGAACGCCGGCAUCCUGUCAGGGUCCACCGGGCUGGAGUCUGUUCCAGCCCCCGAGCUGCCCCGUCUCGAGUUCUUGGACAAGUGGAAUGCCGAGAACCAGAGGAAGUACGCCGAGAAUGACUCGAGGUUCAAAUCCUCCAAGGUGCUCAAGGAGCUGCUCGAGAAGUCCAAGCAGAACAAAGAGAAGAACGAGAGGGCGAUCCAGGACAAGUACUGCCUGCGGGGCGCCGAGUGGGGCGUGGGAGACUGCUCCACCGUGGGGAUGACGGACCAGGAGAGGGACGAUUUCAUCGGCGAACUGCGGAAAAAAGUUGGGGAAUGAACUGACGCUGCAUAGCUUCCUGAAGAAAUAGAAUGCAUAGCUCCAGGAUGUGGUGGUAAUGUGCCCGGAUUGCCAUUUUGCUCAUGGUAGCCUAGUUACUAGGGAGAGACUGGAUUGGAUGGUAGUUCAGGAUUUCAGAUGUUUCCAAGAUGUUACUGGGAGUAUUGACUUCCCUAUGUAUCAUAUCAUAUUAGCAGCAAAUUAUCAGUUGGUACUCCAUGCGAAAUUUGAUACCUUCCUUGUGUUCUUGA